UCACUUCCUAAUCACCAUCCAACGCUCCCAAGUCAACAUCAUUCACGUCUCCAAUUAAUACCAACGGUCAAGAUUGCAGAGAACACAAUUUUCGUUUCCCGGUCGCUCCAUUUGAUAACACACUCAAAGUUCGAUUCGGAUUCAACAUCGAAACUCAAAGACCACCAGUUGAUGAGCCGGUAAGCUUCUGUUGUUAAUUCUUGUACCCAUUCGAGUUAGUUUCUGGGUUUUCUUCAUAACGACGCCUGAAAAAAAAGAGGAGCUUACAGAGAUAGUUUUCGACUUUAGUUGGUGAAAUUUGAUUUGGGUUAAAUUUGAGGUGUGGGAUUUUGUGAUUACCCAGAUGGGAUCUGGAGAUGAAGUCGUAGAAAUUGAGAAUCUGGAGAGGGGUUUGUUAUCUGAUAAAGACAUAGAAAAAGCUGAGGACGAUAAUAGUGAUACUGUCUUGUAUACGGCGUCGUUUCGGGAGAAAGAAGACAAUUUUGUGAAAUAUCAAACUGCUCGAUGGGUAUUAUAUUCAUUGCUUUUGAUAUUGGCUUGGGGUAUUGGUUUGUUCAUGCUGUUGUAUUUACCUGUAAGGAGAUAUAUACUACGGAAAGAUAUCCGCUCCAGAAAGCUCUAUCUCACUCCAAAUGCCAUUGUAUAUAAAGUUACCAGGCCGGUGCCAUUUCCAUGUUUUGGUGAAUUAAAGAAAGAGAAGCAUGUUUUGUUGCCUUCAGUUAGGGACAUUGUGAUUGAACAAGGCUAUUUGCAGUCUUUUUUUGGUGUAUACUCUCUUAGAAUAGAAAAUGUUGGUGUAAGAAGGCCUCCAAGUGAUGAUGUUCAAAUCCAAGGCAUAGCAAAUCCAAGUGCUUUCAGAAAGGUACUCUGUUGUCAUCAUAAUUAUUAUUGGUAAUUUUGAA